AUUUAUAUGUAGUUGCAAAUUAAAACUGUUUAAUUGAAUAAAAGGAAACAAUAUGCCACCACAACGCGACCCAAUCAGUGUGCGUACAACGCGUCUCAACAAUCUAAUACUAGGCAAAGGAGUUGGCGCCGUCCAGAAGACAUCAUCGAGUGCAUCGAGACGCAGCAUUAUUCCGGUGAAUAACACCACAAGUGCAGCUGUCGCUGAGGCAAUUUGUCGGGAGGGUUUGCUGGACGCGUUCUGCCUGCUCUACAAUGAGUGCGACAAAGAGACGCUGAAGAAACGGGAUCGGAACAUAGCUGAAUUUGUCAAUAAAUUUCGUCCCAUUGUCGAGGAGACUCGCCAGCUGCGUGUCAAUGCUGAUGAUUUUGUGAUCAAGGCCCUCAUUGGCAAGGGCUAUUUUGGCAAUGUUCAUUUGGUGCUUGAGCGCCACACAUCGGAUGUCUACGCCAUGAAGAAGAUCAAGAAAUCGAUGGUGACCACAUCGCAAGUGGAACGCGACAUUAUGUCCCAGCGCAAGUCCGAGUGGUUGACCAAUUUGCAAUAUGCCUUUCAGGACAAUGACAACCUGUACUUGAUCAUGGAGUAUCUGCCUGGCGGCGAUCUGCUGAGUUUAAUGUCCCGUCAUGGGCCCUUCGACGAAGACUUGGUUCGCUUCUACUUAGCCGAGUUGACGUUGGCUCUCCACACACUUCACGUAAUGGGCUAUGUGCAUCGCGACAUUAAGCCCGAAAAUAUUCUAAUCGAUCGCUUUGGCCACAUCAAGUUGGCUGAUUUUGGUAAUGCCGCUGCCCUGGAUCGUGAUGGUCAUGUUCUCAGUCUUUCGCCUGUUGGCACACCCGACUACAUUGCCCCAGAGCUGCUGCAAACCAUAUCUACCUAUAAGCUAUCAAAAUCAAUGCAUGACGUCAGCUGCGAUUACUGGUCCAUGGGCAUUAUUGGCUAUGAGCUGAUAUGUGAGAUUACGCCGUUCCAUGAGGAUAACGUGCACGAAACGUACUCCAAGAUACUCUCCCACUGCGAGGAUAGCCGUAUGAAAAAGAUUAUAAGCUUUCCCAGUGAUUUGAAAAUUUCCAGCAACUUAAAAAAUCUCCUCGUAUCGCUGGUCACGAAUCCAACGAAUCGACUUUCAUACGAUCAAAUUGUAAAACAUCCAUUCUUUGAGAACAUCCAGUGGAGCACAGUUCGCUCGCAGGUUCCCCCCAUAAUACCGACGAUCAAGUCUGAUGACGAUAUCUCCAACUUUGAGGACGGAAUACGGCACAAGGCGCGGAGAGAAGUGCAGGCUAAGAAGUCAUUGACAUCGAACAUGAAAUCAAAUGAUUUCAGUGGCAAGGAUCUGCCUUUUAUUGGGUACAGUUUCGUACAUUUGGAAAAUGAUUAUACGGAUAUUUCGGACACGGCACGCACUGCCAAACUUCAGGAGAAGAUGAGGAGCCUACAGCAAAUGCUUAAAUCACGUGAAACUGAGAUUUCAAUGCUGAAACAGGAUCUGGCGAAGGCCCAGCAAACUCUUAAGCAGACCGAUGGCAAGUCGCAGGUGGUGCUCGAGGCCAAGGCAGAAAUUAAAAAGCUACAGGACAUUAUCAGAGACAAGACAAUGGAGCUGGCCACCUGUAAGACUCAAAUCAAAACCUUGCAGAGUUCGGCCAAAAUUGACGAGGAAAUGUGGUCGAAAAAAGAGUCGACAAUCACAGAUUUGUUGCGACUGAAUCGACAAAAGUACGAGGAGGCAAAGAUCGCAUCGGAGCAGAAAUACGAGAAGCAGCUGGCAGAGAAAAAACAGGAGCUGGCCUGCACCGUUCGCAAGUUCGAGGCGCGUGAUUUGGAAUUUCAGGCAAAGAAUGACGAAUGCAAACAUCUCAGCGACAAGCUGACGAACUACAAGGAUAUGUUAAAGCAAUUAAAGGAUCAAAGCAUCAAGACCGAGUCAAACCAUGAGAAGCAACGGAAACAGCUAACAGAAUCAUAUGACCAACAGCUGUCCGAGCUGCGUCAAAAGCUACGCGAAUCCCAGGACACGCACAGUCACAUGACCCGGGAGCUGAACAGUAUGCGCACCGAGCUGGACGAGUCCAACUGUUCGCGCAAGUCAACGCAGGAGGCCAAACAUGCCACGGAGCGAAGCAUUGAGGAUAUGUUGCAGCGACUCAAUUGCGAGAUAACCGCUAACAAUGAGUUGCGUGCAGCUAAAUCCUCUCUGGAAACGCAGCUGAAUCUUAUGAAAAAUGAAUUCACGGAGGCCCAAGCGGAGUGCCAGCGUUUGGAGCGCGACUUACAGGUUGCCGAGUGCCGAUGCAAUAUAGCGGAAUCAUCGCUGGCUUCUCAGGAUUCACCAUAUGAAACGGCGCCCGGUUCACUGACGGAGCUGCAUGACGUUGAGGAUCAAUUGCGUGCCGAUUUGGUGGCCGCCCGGGAGAGCGAAUGCGUGCAGAAGACGCGCGCCGAUCAGCUGCAGGAGCUGGUCAUAAAGCUGGAGAAGAUGCUCGAACGUUUCAACGAGCAGAGUCUCUCACCGACGAAGAAGAGGCACUCGGGCCAAACAGCCCAGAGUGCUGUGGGCGACAUGCUCGAGCGUCAGAAUGAGAAACUGGAGGACAAAUUAGCCGCAGUACGUGAACAGAUGAUUGUGGAGCGCCAGGCAGCGCGUACGGCCAAUCUAUCGCUCUGGAAGGUGGAGAAACAAUUGGAGGAGGCGCUCUCCGAGAAGAAGUUGCUGGCGCGACGCAUGGAAUUGACAGAGGAUCGCGUUAAGAAAGCGCACAAUGAACGUGACGAGGCGCAACGAGCACUAAAAUCAGCACAGGACGAACUCCAUCAACGUGAUGCGCGCAUUGAUGAGCUAAAGACGGAGUUGGCAACCAGCAAACGUGAUGUGCUCAAGGAGCAUCGUAUGUGGGAAAAAGCCGAGGAGGAGCGCAUGAAAUGCAAGUCCGAGAUAAUCGAGCAUCUGGCCAACGUGCACCGGCUGGAGCAACAGGCCAGAGAGGUGCGCCAGAAGUUGCAUCAGACGCAGCUGCGUUGCGAUGGCCUCGGACUCGAGCAGAAGCGUCUGCAGAGGGAGCUGCAAGAGGAGCGCGAACGCAAUGCCACAGCUGGCGAAGGCAAUCAGUCAUUGCAGGCGGAGCUCAAACAGCUCAAUGAUAAUUUCCAGCGUUUGAAAUACGCAUGCAGCAUUACCGACAACCAGCUUACGGAGGUGGAGUCCAUGCUGGAGUCGGAGCAGCAGCGCAACAAGAAACAGCAGACUCAACUUGACGCCUGCCACAUAAAGUUGCGCGAGCGUGACGAUCAACUGACCGAUCUGCGUAAGGAACUCAAUGUGCAGGAGUCCGGCAAGCGGCAGGCUGAACAACGCGCCCAGUUGCUCAGCGUGGAACUGGACGAGCUGAGGGAGAAUCUCAAACAGCUGCAAAUGAAACUGAUUGCUCAGCAGGGUCAGUUGGUCGAACAGACGAACGCACUGUUUGGCGCCCAGGAGCGUGCCGAUCAGUUGGAUGUGCAGAGCGCCAAUUGCCAGGCGGAGAACGCAGACUACGAACGAGAGCUGCUCGGUCUGAAGGAGGAGAAUGCUCGCAUUCUGAGUGAUCUAUUCCACAGCAAGGAGGAGGUGCUGCAUUUGCAGGCAGAAGUUAAGCAUCUGCAGGGAGUUCAAAGUGGCCUCCACACCGAAAUCGAUGAGCUACAAAACACACUCACUGAGAAGGAGCAAUUCUAUGUGCAGCGGGAUAUCAAAGCGAUGGCCACUUUGGCCCAGCACAAGAAACUCAUCGAUUAUUUACAGCUCAAGGUGGAAGAUUUGUCGGCCAAGAAGAAGAAAACAUUAGCAGACAAAAUCUUUGGGUCUCACAGCAAUGUUAAGGAGAACAUAUCUCCCAACGAUGUGGAGUCCUCAAUACUGUAUCGUGCUCUCAAAGAAGAACUGCGUCGAGAGCAAAAGCAUGCCAAGAUGUUGCAGGAGCAAUUGGACCAAUUAAAUGGAACUGCAACAUUGCGUUCACCCCACAAAUCCAGUGCCCUAAAUGGCAAUGCAGAUGAGCCCAAAGUGCGACCAGUUAGCAUCGCUGCAUUCCCAAGCUCUCCACGCAAGCAGUCAACGGCGACAGUGAAGCGUUCAGCGAGUCAAACAGAUGCCAAGUCCAAAGCAAAAUCACCCCAAAAGCAAAGCGUGGAUGAAAUGGUGCAUCAUCGUUUUGAGUUGGCUUUGCAGGAGUCGAAGAUGGACGCAGCCAAGUGUCUGGCCUGUGAGCAGCCAAUUGUGGCUGGAUCACCUUACUGGCGCUGCAAGGAAUGCAAGGAGGUGUCGCAUCGCAAAUGCCGAUCCAAUGUGACAGGCAGUUGUGGCACCAAAACGGCAAUCUGUCCAUCCUCCGUUGAGCUCAGCGAACAGCUCCAGUCAGAGUCGAGGCGCAACAGCCUGGACACUUUGGACAGCGCGGAGAGUUAUACGGAUGAAUACGUCGGCACAAUGUCCUACGAUGGAGCACAGCAGGAUGCGAUCGAAAUCAAUUGCGCCUUCGAGAUAGUCGAGCGAAAGAUUCUCUUAUUUGGCUGCAAUAGCGGAUUGUUUGCCUUCAAUGUGGACACAAAACGAUUACUGCACAUUGUUGGAAUUGAGUCCGUUAGCUAUGUGUCGAUAUCAACACGCCUGGCCAAGGCCAUCAUGGUGGGCGCCAAUGGUGAGAAGCUCUACCAGUGCGACUAUCGCCAGUUGGAGACGCGUUGCCAAAGCGCCAUUCCCUGUCAGAAGCCCACGUUGGAGACGUCCGUAAUUGAGUUGCCGUUUGCCAAUCGUUCCGUGGGCGAAAAAUGGAAACUUGUGCAGAUAUCCAAUGAAUCGGAGAAUGCUCUCGACUCGGUGGCCAUUGCGGCUACAUCGACACGCAUUGUCAUUCUAAAGUACGAUCAUAAACUGCACAAAUUUAAGCCAUUGCGUGCUCUGGAUACGGCGACGCCGGUGACAUCGAUCUUCUAUACCCGCCACUCGGCAAUUGUCAGUUCGGACAAAUUCUAUGAGAUCGAUCUGGACAACUAUGCGGCUGAAGAGUUUGUCGACCUGGCCGAUAAGACGGUACAGCACACGGCCAACUGUCAGCCAUUUAUAGCCGUGCGUAUAUCACGGCAGGAGAUCCUGCUCUGCUUUGCCGAGUGCGGCAUAUUUGUCGAUGAGUUUGGCUGCCGCUCGCGUCCCUAUGAUCUGAAUUGGGUCUAUGCGCCAACGGGUUUCAUUUACCGUGAACCCUUCCUCUACGUGUCGCACUAUCAGUACGUGCAGAUCAUGCGAGUGCAUCGCUCCUACAGCAAAGAGAUGGCCACUGGCGCUAACUCUCAGAGCAGCGAAUCUCCGGAAAUGCAGCGUCUUUACUUGCCCCAUUAUAUGCCCACUUUGCUGACAGCGAGUGGCGAGCGAAACAUUUACACUUUGUCCAUUGAACAGCAGGCGGGCAGUCAGCAGAUCUAUCAUCUAGAUGCAUUGCGCGCAUUCAAGAAGCAGCUAAAUGUAUCCAUGGAGACAAUAUCGUCGGUGGCAACGUCGAUAACGCUUGGUUCCAUAAUCACAACGGACAAUGUAUAAUUAAUGUUCACAUAUGAAUCUCUAUUUUAAUUGAACUGUGGAAACGCAAAAAUAUGUACACGCCUGUGUGUAUAUAGACACAGAGUUAUUCAAACUCAAAUCAUACAUGUAAUUUUUAUACUUUUAUAUAUAUUAUUUUUUGUGCGAAUAAAAGCAUUUUAUAUUUACAUGUUUGAAAAG